ACACACGCCCACCUACGCCCACACUUUAAGACAUACAGAAGACAUUCAACCUGAACCAUGCCACCUUCUCUGCCAGUACCCACUGAGGAACCCCAGUACCUCGCUCCGGACACACUCGACCCGAUGAACCCGCUGGACCUCGAACCCGAGGACCCGGACCUGAUGGAUCUGGAUCCAGACUCACCCGUGAUGACGGAACUCCGGAACACCCUCUGGAACAAGUUCAUGGAGCAAUCGACGGUGCUCAACUCUACCGACGAGGAUCACAAGGUGCUUAAAUGCUUCCAGGAAUACGUCCAUUCCAUAGCGGAGCCCUCUGGGUACCCUGGUUCAUGCCCGGUCAAGUUCGACGGCGUCUCCUGUUGGCCAGAGACGGCUCCGGGGGCGCUCAGGGUCAUCCCUUGCUUCAAUGUGUACAACGGCGUCUACUACGACCCUUCAGGUAAGUUCAUUCCUUUGCCCUGUACCUUAACUCUUGUGAUUAUAGAUUAAGGGAAAGUAUUCUAUAUUUUCU